AUGGCGGCCCUGGCUUCUUUCCAGCAACACCCGGGCCCAGAUGUUCCGUAAAGUCCUAGCACUGCAAGUGCGCCCUUGUAAUACUUCUGGUUGCAUUUCCCUUAUUGCUUAGCCCGGCAAACGCCGGGAUACUCUUCACGUUCGAAUAUGAACAACGCUUGCGUGCUGUCUGACGGGUGAGGUACCUUUGACACGCACGCCAAGUGUCACUCGGCAGGGGCCAAGGUGACUCCUGGUACAGGAAGUGUCCUAGCUCCGUUGGCCUCUGGGUUUCCUGUCGUGUAAGAAAGACAAGCCUGGUAACAAGAACGCUAGUGUGGUCCUGACCCCCCACUUGAACUGGCAUGCAGGAGGAAAAUCUGCACCCUUGUUUAGCCUCCAGCCUUCGCCCCACCCACUUCUGCGCACGCAAUGGACGAAGCAGACCAUUGGCUUAGGUUACGAACUCGGCCCAGCGCGGUGAUUGGCCGACUGUAAAUCCCGAAGGCUGUGACUGGUCCGCAGAAACGUCUUGGAGCGCGCGCGGGAGCAGAGGCAAGCCGGUACUUCCACGGUCAUGAUGGCGCUUCGGGAUCUUGGGAGAGAUCUGCAGCCUUGGUGUCCGCCGGAUCUCAGCCUCGAAUGGGUGAACUCAGUAUGGGAACUGGACUUCACAGAGACUGAGCCUUUGGAUCCCAGCAUAGUAGCAGAGAUCCUAGAGACUGGAACAGAUGCCUUCACAAAACUCUAUGGAAGCCUUUUGCCCUUUGCUACAGAAGAAAGUGGAUCCUUAGAGAGCAUCUGGACCUUCUUCACUGAGAAUAAUAUUUCCAAUAAUGCACUGGUGGCGUUAUUCUGUCACUUUGUCCAGGAAGCACAUAAAAAAGGUGCCAGUGCGCAGCAUCGAGAAUAUGGCCUUCAUGCUGCUGGGCUCUAUUUUUUGCUACUGGAAAUACCAGGUAGCGUAAUCAAUCAGGUAUUCCACCCAGUGAUGUUUGACAAGUGUAUUCAGAUUCUGAAGAAGAGCUGGCCUCAGGAAUCUAACUUGAGUCAAAAAAGAAAAAAGGAACACCCCAGAAGUUCUAAGAAUAAUCAUAGGAGGGGCAGAAAAAGAGGAAAACCACCUAGGAAAGAGGAUGAUCAGGUGGAUGAAUUUUCAGGAGAGGAAGAAGAGGAGGAAGAGGAGAUUUAUUUUUCUGCCUGGGACCUCUCUCAUAUACGAAAUGCCAUAUUUAAUCUUCUAAGGAAUUUUUUAAGGCUUCUGCCCAAGUUUUCCCUUAAAGAAAAGCCACAGUCUAUACAAACUUGUAUAGAGGUGUUUGUUGCAUUAACUAAUUUUGAGCCAAUUCCUCAUAAAUUUCUUGUUUCACAAGCCAGGAACUUUAGUGGAGUAAAACACAUAUCAGAGCUGGCCUAUUAUGGAUUGUAUUUGCUGUGCUCCCCAAUCCAUGGAGAAGGAAAUAAGGUUAUUGGCUCUAUUUUCCACCAAAUGCUAAAUGUAAUAUUGAUGUUAGAAGUAGGGGAAAGGUCCCGUUGUGCCCCGCUUGCGAUAACCUCACAAGCCAUCAACUGCAGAAACCAGGCAGUCCAGUUUAUCAGCUCACUUGUGGAUGAACUACAAGAAGGCGUCUUCCCAGUCCUGGGCACCUUACUGCAGCAUAUCUGUGCCAAGGUGGUAGAUAAAGCCGAGUAUCGGACCUAUGCAGCACAGUCCCUGGUCCAGCUGCUUAAUAAACUUCCCUCUGAGGAAUAUGCUGCGUUCAUCGCCUGGCUUCACAAAUACUCACGGAGUUCUAAGAUUCCACACCGGGUUUUCACUCUUGAUGUUGCAUUAGCUCUCUUAGAGCUGCCUGAAAGAGAGGUGGAUGACACUGUAUUAUUGGAGCAUCAGAAGUUUCUAAAGCAUAAAUUCUUCGUGCAAGAAAUUAUAUUUGAUCGUUGCUUAGACAAGGCACCUACUGUCCGCAGCAAAGCGCUGUCCAGCUUUGCACAUUGUCUGGAGUUGUCUGCUAGCAGCCCAUCGGAGAGUAUAUUGGAGAUCUUCAUUAACAGUCCUUUAGUUUCAGGACUACAGAGUCGCUCUAGUACUUUACAGAGACACUCAACAGUGCUAACCAGUGGAAAUUGGCAGUUGACGCAAAGCAACACUGAUAAUAAUGGCGAAAGAACGCAGUCUGGAGAGAGAUGCUUCAUGGCGAUGCUGAGAAAAAGAACCAGGGAUGAAAAGAUCAACGUCAGGAAGUCUGCACUCCAGGUGUUAGUGAGUAUUUUGAAACACUGUGACAUCUUGGGCAUGGAGGAGGACCUGUUGAUCCUGCGGGACCAUUGUCGAGACCCUGCCGUGUCUGUGCGGAAGCAGGCCUUACAGUCCCUCACAGAACUUGUCACGGCCCAGCCUACAUGUGUCCCAGUCCAGAAAGCCUGGUUGAUGGGAGUCAUCCCAGUGGUGAUGGACUGUGAAAGCACAGUGCAAGAAAAGGCCCUGGAGUGCCUGGAUCAGCUCUUGUUGCAGAACCUUAAGCAUCACAGGAAGUUUCACAGUGAGGACAGAAGCCAGGUGCUUGCUUGGGCGCUACUUGCUCUCCUUACUACAGAAAGCCAGGAUCUGAGCCGCUAUUUAAAUAAGGCUUUUCGUAUCUGGUCCAAGAAAGAUAAAUUCUCAUCCGCCUUUAUAAACAGUGUGAUAUCCCACACUGACACAGAACACUCUGCACCAGCGUGGAUGCUGCUCUCCAAGAUCACUUGCUCAUCACCCAAGCUGGACUACACCAAAAUAAUGGAGUCCUGGGAGAAGCUCAGCAGUGAACAGUCUCCCAAUUCAAACACCUUAGGCUAUAUGCUGUGUGUCAUUGGGCAUAUUGCAAAGCACCUUCCCAGGAGCACCCGGGACAAAAUAACCGGUGUUGUCAAAGGCAAGCUGAAUGGAUUUCGGUGGUCUCUAGAGUUGAUCAGUUCGUCUGUUGACACUUUGCAGGGGCUUUGCAGAGCGUCUGCAAAGACACUGCAGGAAGAGCAGGAACUGCUGAAGCAAGUGUGUGGGGAUGUGCUCUCCACCUGCGAGCACCACCUCUCUAACAUCCUCCUGAAGGAAGAUGGAGCGGGAAACAUGAAUGAAGACCUGGUGGUGAAAUGUAUUUUUACCAUAGGAGAUAUAGCCCAGUUAUGUCCAGCCAUAGUAGAGAAGCGAAUCUUCCUUCUAAUCCAGUCGAUUCUGGCUUCUUCUUCUCACGUGGAUCACCUUCCAUCAUCUCAAGGGAGUACAGAUGCCCUAGCCAGUCAGCUGCCUUUCCAGGUCAGAAGCUCUGCCAUGCCUUCCGUGAUUAGAGCACACGCCAUCAUCACUUUAGGUAAACUGUGCUUACAGCAUGAAGACCUUGCAAAGAAAAGCAUCCCAGCCCUUGUGCGAGAACUUGAAGUGUGUGAGGAUGUGGCUGUCCGCAACAAUGUCAUCAUUGUGAUGUGUGAUCUUUGUAUCCGAUACACUGUCAUGGUGGACAAUUAUAUUCCCAAUAUUUCCAUUUGUCUGAAGGAUUCAGACCCAUUUAUCCGGAAGCAGACACUGAUCUUGCUUACCAACCUCUUACAGGAAGAAUACGUGAAGUGGAAGGGCUGUCUCUUCUUUCGCUUUGUCAGCACCCUGGUCGAUCCACACCCGGACAUUGCCAGCCUUGGGGAGUUUUGCCUGGCUCACUUGUUGCUGAAGAGGAACCCUACCAUGUUUUUCCAGCACUUCAUUGAGUGUAUAUUCCACUUCAACAGCUAUGAGAAGCAUGCGCAGUACAACAAGUUUUCCCAGUCAGAGAGAGGGAAGCGGCUAUUUUUGCUAAAGGGGAAGACAAACAAGGAGAAGCGAAUGAGAAUCUACAAGUUCCUUCUUGAGCACUUCACAGACGAGCAGCGGUUCAAUGUCACUUCCAAGAUCUGCCUUAGUAUUUUGGCAUGCUUCACUGACGGCAUCUUGCCCCUGGACAUGGAGGCCAGCGAGUUGCUCUCAGAUACCUUUGACAUCCUCAGCUCAAAGGAGAUCAAGCUGUUGGCAAUGAGAGCUCAAGCGUGCAAGGACCUCCUGGAGGAAGAUGACAUGGCUCUGGCAAAUGUGGUCAUGCAGGAAGCCCAGAUGAAGAUCAUCUCUCAGGUUCAAAAGAAGAAUUUCAUAGAGAAUAUUAUUCCAAUCAUCACAUCCCUUAAGACUGUGCUGGAGAAAAACAAGAUCCCUGCUUUGCGGGAACUCAUGAACUACCUCAGGGAGGUGAUGCAGGACUACCGAGAUGAAAUCAAAGAUUUCUUCGCGGUUGACAAACAACUGGCCUCUGAACUUGAGUAUGACAUGAAGAAGUACAAUGAACAGUUGGCCCAGGAGCAAGCUCUGACUGAGCAUGCUGAUGUGAGCAGAGUGGCUGAAGGCGGUGACAGAGCGCAGGCCGUGCAGGGUGCUCCUGACUUACAAGCUGUACCUGCUGCUGCUGACCAGGAAAAUGUUAAUGUGUCUUCAGCCAACAGCCGGACUUCAGCACCUGGGUCCAGCUUCACACCAACUUUGUCUCCCAUAUCAGAAAAUGGGCCUCUGAAGAUGAUGCCCAAUGCCAGGUCCAUGUCCCUGAGUACCAUCGCAAUCCUGAAUUCAGUCAAGAAAGCUGUAGCGUCGAAGAGCAGGAAUCACAGUCGAAGCUUAGGGGCAUUACCUUUCAGUGUAGAGUCUGGAAGCCCAGAAAAACCCCAGAGCCAUGAGAACCCUGUCUUGAAAAAAAACAAAACAAAAAACCACUUUACAUCUCAUACUGUUUCCCUUUGCCCAGAGUCCAUCAAUGAAGUCACAUUUGGAGCAGGGGUCAGUUACAUAGGGACACCAGCAACGCUGCAUUUUACCAAAGAGACAGUCGAAGCUCAGGAUCAAGGAAAUGACAUUUUAUGUUUAUCGCUGCCUGAUAAAUCGCCUCCACAGUCACCACAGUGGAAUGUCAAGUCUCUAGCCAGAAACAAGGGCAGCCCAAGAUCUAGCAGGAGGUCCCUCCGCAAGGCCCCCCUGAAGACAGCCAACUGAAACAGUGUGCGUCAGCAAUAACUGAAGGCAGAGCCCUGCAGGGGCAUUUGCCAUUCCCGCGUGGAAGGGGAAAGGAUGGCGUGGCAUGGUCUGCAUGUGGAGAGACUUGCCUGUACAGUGCCAAGUCCUUUCAUAGGAUACCAACAUGGCUUUGUUCAACUUGUGUGUGCCUAACCAACCUUCCAUAUGUCUUUAUGUUACUGUAGUUGAGAUUUGUAAAUAUAUAAAGAUGGCAUAGACUUUUUUACAAUAACAUUAAGCUAUUUAAUAUUGUGAUGUUGUAUUUUGAGUGUCAAACCUUCUGUGGUAAGUGACAAUCUGGUCUUUAAGGAACACAAUUUUGAAACCAGUUUUCUUCUAUAUGACUGAAGUGUCUAUAGUUUCUCUGAAGUCGUUAUGAAAGAUAUGUCCCCUUGGCUAAUGGCAAAAUUUUGACUGAAAUAUUUUUCUAUUAUUUAUAAUUGCAGAUUUUAUUAAAAGAGGUGUACAGUCUUUCUAAAAUGAAGUAAUAAAGGUCAAAGAUAAAUAUAA